AUGACAAUAUAUCAGUUUUUGCUACUGUUUCUACUCUGGGUAUGCCUGCCACAUUUCUGCUCUCCAGAGAUAAUGUUUAGAAGGACUCCUGUGCCACAGCAAAGAAUUUUAAGUGCACGCGUACCAAGGAGUGAUGGCAAAAUUCUGCAUCGUCAAAAACGUGGCUGGAUGUGGAAUCAAUUCUUCUUACUGGAAGAAUAUACAGGAUCUGAUUAUCAGUAUGUAGGCAAGCUUCAUUCAGACCAAGAUAAAGGAGAUGGAUCACUCAAAUAUAUUUUAUCUGGAGAUGGAGCUGGUACCCUUUUUAUUAUUGAUGAAAAAACAGGUGAUAUUCAUGCCACAAGAAGAAUUGAUAGGGAGGAAAAGGCCUUUUAUACUCUACGUGCACAAGCUAUUAACAGAAGAACUCUGAGGCCAGUAGAACCAGAGUCUGAGUUUGUGAUCAAAAUCCAUGAUAUCAAUGACAAUGAGCCAACAUUCCCAGAAGAAAUUUAUACAGCUAGUGUUCCUGAAAUGUCCGUUGUAGACACUAUCCAUCUUCGGGUUCUUGAAUCGUCCCCAGUUGGCACAGCCAUUGGAAGUGUAAAAGCAACUGAUGCUGACACUGGGAAAAAUGCUGAAGUAGAAUACCGAAUUAUUGAUGGCGACGGAACUGACAUGUUUGACAUCAUAACUGAGAAGGACACACAGGAAGGCAUCAUAACUGUGAAAAAGGUGCACAGCAUCAGUACAAAUCAGCAUCUAUUUUCCUUGGAUCGCCAUACUGACCUUGAUAGGAUCUUUAACAUACAUUCUGGAAAUGGAUCCCUUUAUACAUCAAAACCUCUUGACCGUGAACUAUCUCAAUGGCACAAUCUUACUGUUAUAGCUGCUGAAAUCACAAGAAAAAAAAUCUAUGCAAAUCCAUCACCAAAGCUAUUUACUAGUGUUUUGAAUGAACCUCUAAUAUGUCUUCUUGUCUUUUUUCAAGUUAUAGUGGUACUGUUUGCAGCUCUGAAAAGACAGCGAAAAAAAGAGCCUCUGAUCUUGUCUAAAGAAGACAUCAGAGACAACAUUGUGAGCUACAACGACGAAGGUGGUGGCGAGGAGGACACACAGGCCUUUGAUAUCGGCACCCUGAGGAAUCCUGCCGCUAUUGAGGAAAAAAAGCUCCGGCGAGAUAUUAUUCCGGAAACGUUAUUUAUCCCACGAAGGACUCCCACAGCUCCGGACAACACGGACGUCCGGGAUUUCAUUAACGAGAGGCUUAAAGAGCACGACCUCGACCCCACCGCGCCGCCGUACGACUCCCUCGCAACCUACGCCUAUGAGGGAAAUGAUUCCAUUGCGGAAUCUCUGAGUUCCUUAGAAUCAGGUACUACUGAAGGAGACCAAAACUAUGAUUACCUCCGAGAAUGGGGCCCUCGGUUUAAUAAGCUAGCGGAAAUGUAUGGUGGCGGGGAAAGUGACAAAGACUCUUAACCUAGGAUGUAUGUUCUGUUCAAACAAGAGGAAGUACCUUUAUCGACGCUGUCUCCACUUCACAAUAUUUGACAUUCAGGAGAAUUUUCCUGCCACUCAGCACAAUUUUUUCCCAUUUACUGCUUAAUUUGUUCAUUAAUUACAUUAAUUCUUUCCUGUAGGAUAUCUCAUGGAAUAUAUAUGACAUUUUAUUUAAUCACUUCCAAGAGCCAAAGCUAUGGAAAUUCAGUGUUGUCCAUCUUAGUAAAUAAAAGAUAAUUUCAGAAACAUGAACAGGAUAGUUCUCCCUUAAGCAACCUCACCAACAAACCGCUUCUCUUAGGUACACGUCCUGCCCUUGCAAAUGAAGCUUUUAAAAAGGUGAAGAAAAUUUUAAAAUAUAUCCUGUUCUGUACAUUAAAUUUAAAAAAAAAAUGUACAUGUGGUGUUAGUAGGUGUGAUAUGCAACCUGGUAUACAAACGUUUGUGCAAUUUCAUUUCAUCAAAUUCUAUCUGCUAAUGUUUUAUAUUU